CAGAGAGCUCAUCAACAAUCUCAUCACCUUCAGCUUUACUUGCAUUCUUUCACAUUCUCGAUCUCAGAAGAAACACCUACUUUUUUUUCACAAUGGUUGUAGUCCUGGCAGCGGUAUCAGUCGCCAUCAAUGGCACGAGUUCCCAAGGUCAAGGAAGCAGUGCGUCAGGGUCUUCAACAGCCGUGAAGUCCGAAUCUUCACCAACUCCCGCGCCAUCGCCGGCACCACCGACAACAUCGUCAUCCUAAAGCUGGGCAACUCGAAUCAAGUAGCUCAUAGAGGCGCUAGCAAGACCUUUUACUUUUGCCCAACAUAUAUGAACAGCAACGACUGGAAGCUGGAAAUAUCUAUCGACCAACAUAGGUACUGCUUAGGCAUAUGAGAGGGGUGGCCAUUGCAUUAGAACUUGACAACGGACACAAAAAGGACAGGACGGCCCUAGAG